AAGUUAGCCCUGCCUUGUUAACUGUUUUUUCUUAACCCUUUUUAAUUAUUUUUGUUUAAUUAGUUUACCGUUUGGCCAUUUUUUUACAUAACCAUUAUUACACUUAAAAAUUAACUCGGAAGUGUUUAGUUUUUAAGCGAAAUGCAAAGGUUGCAGUUCACAUUCUUGCUGAGCUCCGUUUUGUUCCUCAGACUCAGAACCCUCCUGGCCAUAGACUUUUGUCAAAUUAAGUCAUGCCAAGGCAAAAAUCAUAUAGGUUGCAACAACGAUAUGAUGUUCGACCACAACUGCCUGCGUUUUCACGGUCUGGUCAAUAUGGCUUAUUUCCGUGAGUAUUUACUGGAACUUCACAAUGGUUAUCGCCAGGAGGUGGCCAAUAACUCGUUUAUCGACCUGCCGCCUGCCCAAAAAAUGCCUGAAUUGGUGUGGGACCAGUACUUGUCGGUGGUGGCCGAGUAUCACCUGAAACGCUGUCAACAGGAACUCCCAGACAACUCCUGCUGUGCCACCGAUGACUUUGCCGAUCCCCAUUUCAACUUUGCCGAGGAUUUCUAUCCAAGACCUGUGAUUCCCCAGUCGAAUGUCCGCGAAAUGACAAUCUUAGCGGAGCAAUGGCUGGACGAGCUCUACGAUAUGGAUGACAUAGUCACGGACGAGGCGGAAAGUGAUAUCAGGAAUAUCAUCAACGAUCAGAGCGCCUAUAUGGGCUGUGCCGCUGGUCAGGAUUAUGAUCUGUGGAAUAUACACUUCGUGCUCAUCUGCUACUACAGCUCGGGACCUCCGCACACAGGCCAACUCUACACGGCGGGCCAAUUCAAUGCCAGCCUUUGUCCCCACGGACCAAGUGAUGAAUAUCCCAGCCUCUGCAAAACACUGACCCUGAAUGACUAAGUCGCUGAAUCUCUGGCUAAAUAAAUAUUGCAAAGGCUUUGGGUAUAAUUAAAUGUGCGAACCACUUGGCCCAUAAGUGGGGAGAAGUGAUGGACUUUUGGAUUUCUUUCUAGCUAGGUGGCUGUUUUACAGUAGCUUCUAGCUUUUCUCAUGGAAAGCUAAGCCUAAAAAUAUCAAAUAAAAAUGUUUUUAAUUGUUCAAUGAAAUGGCGUCUCUUUCGUUUUUGUAUCUUUAAUUUAUCAUAAAAGAAAGUCAAUAUAUAAAUAAAAUGUAUUUCUAAUAGAG